UCUUGCUUCUACGUUUCACCCCCUGCAGUCUCAGAUUUCCCUCCCCAGGUGUAAUAGACUCUGAUCGCCACCAACAUCAUCUCAUUACUUUGAAUCUCAGUCCACUCUGGCUACACACAAACGGCCGCGAGUACGACAGGGAGCAGCUCCCUCGGACGAUAUACUGUAGUUUCGAAGGCUCAUACGUCAUCAAUAUUUCAGAUCGAACUCCAGAGCAGACAAAUUCUUUGCCCACAUCGCCACAUGACAACCUUCUUAAUUGGAGGAUACCAGCAGCUUGGAUGGGGAAUCAAGAAGGCUCGAUCGACCGCAGUCUGGGACGGUAUCAGAAAUGCAGGGCGAUCUUCAUUCGGACUCUGAUAGCUCUGAUCAGGUCUCGCAAUCGUCCGAGGCAGCCCAGGUGACUGUUCGAGAUGUCUUUCACCAAAAUAGGAGGGUUAAGACUUAUCGGGAAGCCGGGCAGUUGUCCAGGCGCGAGACUCGUUCAAGGUGCGGCGCGCAAGGCAUCACAAAGUUACAGGACGACGAUGAUUUUACCCUCUGCCAUGGCUGUACCGCGUGUUCAGAAGCCACUGAACGCCCUAGUACGAUGCCUGACGGUACCGAGUGCUUUCGCCAGCACACCUUUUCAGAUGAGCAUAAGGCGCGCCGCGACCCAUAUCUCGACGAAUCGACACACAAGAACGACGGGGCAGAAUACGUGCCGCGCAAGGCUCCAGGAGCCAAGGUGCGCCGUACCCCUCCUGCCUCACGAUCACCCUCCUCGAGUCCAUCAUUGCCUUCUUCCUCCAUGAAUCACCAUGCCUGUUGUUCGAGGCAAUCUUGUCGACAUCUCAAACCUCUUCUUUCACCGGCUUCCAUUCAUGCCACCCUAGAGGAGACCCACCAAUCUGUGAUGUCUUCCCCAGGGCUGCUCUCCUCUUGCACCGAGUUGCCCCCGACUGUCGUCUCUCCACGCCAGCACCAAUGGACUACUUCUCCAGCAACCAAGACACCUCCCAUCUCGUCUCAACACAGCUCGCUUACUGGUAGGCCUCAUUCUUGGCGCACACACAACGCCUCGAGGCCAACCGUCAAACCUGGGGAGAGAGCGUCUACCCCUUCGUCUGUGCCUAUGACCCUUUUCCCUCCCACUCCCUAUAUUCCAUCCUCUCCUAAUAUGGUAUCGGCCCCGCAAGAUUCUGUACCUAGCCAGAGGUCCCCCAAUCGUCUCAUGGUGCCGCCUGAGCUCUCCGCGUCCCAUCCGUGGCCGAGACAUCUUGAUUGGCCACCCAGUCGAAGAAGGAAUGUCAGAAUGCCCAGUAGGAUGGCGGCGCCUGCCAGAGCCAGGAAUCCUCUCUUGGUACUGCCUUUGCCAUGUGAUCAGUCGCUCAGCCUUCCCGUUGUCAAAGACAAAGUGGAACACACUCCUGUAUCGUCUCGGCCUUCCGGUGGAGAUUUGAACCUUGCUGUUCCUCCUGAUCUCAUCAUUGAGGACACAUUGGCUCCCAUAGGCAUCAUCCGCUUCCAAGACGUGCACGAUUACCACACAUAUUACCGCUGUAGCGCUUGCUCUCUCACAGGCUGUUACCGCGGAAAACUCGCCGACGACCCUACCGCUCUCAAUUUUCACCUCUCCAGCGACGGACACAAUCAAUCCGUCUCCUACUACAUGCGUAGCAGGAGUCAUCGACAAGGGGAAACGAGAAGUACCCCUUGUCCUUCCAUUAUAGCACCUAUCCCACUGCGCCCCUUUAGUGGUGCUCGGAGCCCUCUCCUGCUGAAGCGGCAACUUUCGGAAGACCAGACGAACUCGCCCGACCGAGUCAGCAAGAGCUUGAAGGUAUCGUCCUCAGCCAACGCAAGGCGCCACAAGGAAGGGUUCGUUUCAGAUGAUCAUCCUCACGCUUCUCUGGAAACCUGGCUGAGAUAGCGUCGUUGAAAUGAUCGCUCUUCAUGCUGUCAGGUUGGUAGUGGCAAUAACGGACUAGGUAUGAGGGUAGGCGGUAUCUAUAGGGGUGUUGCUUUCAUGUUUCUUGUUUGUCUUAUCGUUAUUGUUGUUGUAGUAGAAGGAAGAGCCCCUCAUUAUUGUUUGUCUUCUUUGACCCUUCUUCCUCUUCCCGCCUGAACACGACUAAUCUGUACGCUACUGUGCGUCAUUAGGAGACAAGUUGAUCCGGUUGUUCAUAAACAUGAGUAUGAU